AUGGAUUACCAAGAUGGUUUACCAGACCUCAACAUUAGUUGAUUGGAAAAAGGAAAGAAACUGUACAUUAUCGAGAACAAAAUGAACUGCUUAAACUACACGACAGCGUCGCUUCCAUCUAAUAAUCAUGGCUUUGAGACAUUGAAGACUAUCAUUCACGAAGAGCUUGGCUUGAAGGGAGAGUUCGAUCUGUAUAAUAAGAAUGGCAAUAAAAUGAAGAUCGAUGAUUUUUCCUUUACCACCGAUAACGAUAUCAUUUAUGUCAGAGCCUCAGGUGAAUUUUGAUACAAAGCAAUGCUUUCAUUGUACAGAAGUGUUGAGAAACUUGGUGAGGGAGGCUUUGGAUCAGUAUUUCUUCUCCAACAUUCUCUCAGCGAAGAAAGAGUGGCUGCUAAAUUUGUUGACGUCUCUGAACAUCUCCAAAAAGCGAACGAGAUAGGGAAAGCAGUGAAAGAGUCCACCUCUCUUAUUUCUCUAGAUCAUGAUGCAAUUAUCAAACUAGAGACUGCCUUCUUUAUCAAUACUGGGAUGGUGCUUUUCACUGAAUAUAUCCAAGGCGGUGAGCUUGGAAAAUAUGUCUUUUCAAAUGAAAUAAAUGAGGAGUUAGCAAAGAAAAUAUUUAUAAAAAUUUUAGAUGCAGUCCACUAUUGCCACACUCGAGGAAUUAUUCACAGAGAUUUAAAGAUGGAGAAUAUCUUACUGACUGAUCCAAAUGAUCCUUUGAGUCUUAGAGUCAUUGAUUUUGGGAUUUCUGGUAUUUGAACUCAUGGUCGAAAAGAAUCUUCAACUGCUGGUACUUUGCUAUAUUGCCCUCCUGAAAUUUUAGACAAAUCUGAUAUCGAAUCCGACCCAAAAAUUGAUGUUUGGGCUCUUGGAGUUAUUUUGUAUAUAAUUCUUCUCAAAAGAUAUCCUUUCAGAAGUAAAGGCAAUAAUAAAGAGACAAGAAAGCUAAUUCUUAAUAAAGAGCUCACAUUUGAAUCUAGAGACGAAAUGAAACUUUCUACUUCAGUAAAGCAUCUAAUCUCAAAUCUCUUAGCAAAGAAGAAGUCCAGGAGAUACUCUAUUAGAGAAAUUAUAUCCCAUCCUUGGCUAUUGAGUGAUAAAGAACAGAUGCAGAACUCUCAGCUUGCAAAGCAGGUUAGUUGUCUAGCAACAGAUGCUAUUAUGGAAGAAAUGAAAUCAGUUAUUUACCCAACUUAUGAAGGGAAAGAUGAUGAUAUUGCAAAAUAUUCGGGAAAGACAGCCAAAUCUAAAGCUGCAGUCUCCAGAAAUAACCACAAAAACCAGAGGCAGGAUGCUAAAAUAUUAUCCCCUCUGAGAGUAAAGAAAAAGCUAAAUGACAGUGAAUUUAAGGCUAUAAGAGGCUCAAAGAUUAAGUUAAGGAUGAAUAAUCCUCCUGGCUCAAUCCUUGAGCCAAUGAAGCUUAAAAUCAACAGUCAGAGUUAUCUCUCUGCUAAGAAGAAAAGAAGAAAAGGAGGAAGAUCUCAUAAAAAGUCUGCAUUAAUUUCCAAGUUUCAAAGCAACCGUAAAGAAAGCAAAAGCUAUUUAGUCGGGAUGGAGUACUGUUUGUUCAAAAGAGAGGUGGAAGAUGACAAGAUCUUACAAGAGUUUCUCAUAAAACAUUCUCUUGAGUGCACUGAAAGUAAUGUAAACACUCUCAGAGAAUUUGCAGAAAGCUCUAUAGAGUCUCCAAUUGAUUUUAAAAGCCUUAUUAUCAGAAUGAAGAAGAAGUCGAGGAGGGGUACUCAUAAUGACUCAUUCGUGCUUCAUCAUAUUUCAACAAUUGAGAAGUCUUCUCUGUUUGAAAAUGGGCCUAGUGAUGUUUACAGAGAUGAGAAUCAGCAACACAAUUUUUCUCAGAUCUAUUACAAAAGAUCACUGACUAACAAGAAGAAGUUCGUGGAGAGACCUGGAGAUAUAUCAAUGAGGAAGAGGAUCAUAGAAAAAUCAUUCAGCUCAGCCCAAAAAGAAGGCAAAAAGCUGUCAAAAUAAAGUAUCCUUUGAUAAAGGACUUCUAAGGAAGAAUUCACAGAUUGAAUUACCCUCGAUAGAACGACGAGAGCAGUCUUUUAGAAGAGAGAACCAACUGAAAAUGAGAAGAGAUAAAUCCUUUGGCAGAGGAUCAGAGAUCAGAAACUCAGAUCCCUUCAUCCUGAAGAACACUUUUGUAAAAGCAGAUAACCUCAGAAGAAAAAGAACUUUUCGAAAAGAUGACAUUAGAGAGACGAAUAGUACUAUUUUAUCAAACAAACAUGCUAAAAAAAGCACGAGGAAGAAAAUAAAGAGAACAUCAAGCAAUAUAUUGGGAGGUAACAUACUCUAAGUAAUCAAGAAAUUCUGAUAUCCUCUUAGCAGAAGUUAAAACAUAC